GCUAGGCUAGUGGGACUAGUGUAUACAGAGAGCACUCUCCCUCAUAUAUCCAUACUAAUGUAUCGUUUAGUUCGUUGAUUGGAGUCGUAAUCAGAGAUAGCACACGGUUGUGAUACUCCAACUUUGCAUAAAAUUCAGUUUCAUCAUCGAUUAUUGCCAUUACUUGUGAUAAGAUACUUUGAAAAAUAGUACAAACUGUAUACUAUUCAAUUUUCAUCAUUUUUUUUUUGUUUUAGACGAUUUUCUUUUCUGGUGAUAUUAAAACAUUCUGAAAACUAUUUCAACAUAAUUGUAACAAAUUCGUCUGAAAAUUGAGUGAUCCAUAUAACAUUUUUUUCUUUUUUUUUAAUCAAUGAGUGAAUAAAAAAAAUAAUUGAUGAGUGAAAUAUAAACAUUCUUUCGUCAAUUGAGAAGUAAAACAAGUUGCCGCCAUUUUGAAAGAGGAAGAGGAUAGUGUCAUCGCCUUGGUAAACUUCUCCUAUAGUCCCAAUCGUCUUUUCAAAAAGGUGAUUAAAUUGAAAUGAAGAUGAAUCUUCUUAUGGGCGAACGUGAAAUUUUCUGCUUUUACAUGUGUCUAUACGUCAUUGCAUUCGAGGAAAAAGGAAAAAGUACAGCAGAUAUUCAUGAAAUCACCGUAUAUAUCAUCAGAGAGGCAUAAGAAUGGAUGAAAAAUAUCCAUGUGAAAACGUUCCUAGUAAGCAAUUGAGAACACGAAAAAGUAUGAAUCCAGAGCGUGUGGGACAGAUGAUAGGGAAAUUUACCUCAAAUAGCCAUGGGGCAUGAAAUUUAUUUAGUGGAAUAUCCCAUCAUGUUCGGGUGGAAUCAACAUUUGUCAAGAAUUCUGUAGAGUGGCUUGAAGGUAGACUGAGGAGGACAAGCUACAACUAUUCAAUGACACUCAAUUUAUACAGAUACAGAUGACUACGGUGAUGAUGAUGAUGAUGAUAGAGAUGAGAAAUGGGCAUGCGUUCAUCGCGUACAUACUCUUGAGAAUUAUUCUAAGGCUACUCUCACUAUCAUGACUAAUCCUUUUUUACAGUAAUGAAUAUUGAAAAGGAUAUUAAUAAUGGCUAUUCAUUCUGCUGGGAACAGAACAACUACCGAUCAUGGAUUGCCGUUGGAAGAGGUGACAAUGGUACUUACAGGUAUUUUCCUGGGGCUCCUGAUCCUCAUUACUAUUGUCGGAAAUGUAUUCGUUAUAGCAGCCAUUCUAUUGGACAGAAAUUUACAAUCCGUUGCAAAUUACCUAAUCAUCAGUCUUGCGGUAGCUGAUCUCAUGGUAGCCUGCCUAGUUAUGCCGCUCAGCGCUGUUUACGAGAUAAAUUCAGGAUGGUCAUUGGGCCCCGAACUAUGUGACAUAUGGACGAGCAGUGAUGUUCUGUGUUGCACAGCGUCAAUACUGCAUUUGGUAGCAAUUGCUAUUGACAGAUAUUGGGCGGUGACGGAUAUCAAAAAUAUUCAGGGAAGAAAUCCAAAGAGAAUCUCUCUACUAAUUGUUGGUGUCUGGAUUGUGUCUUUAGUGGUCUCGUUGGCACCGCAAUUUGGAUGGAAAGAUCCCGCCUAUAUGGAGCGUAUUGCUCAGGGAAAGUGUCUAGUUUCCCAAGAUCCUGCAUAUCAGAUCUUUGCAACAUGCGCCACAUUCUACGUACCCCUCUUAGCUAUUCUGUUCUUAUAUUGGAGAAUAUUCCAAGAAGCGAGGAAGCGUAUAAGGAAACGCCCUGGAACCAAAGUUCAUCAAUCCCGACAGGGAAAUGGACUUCUCAAACUCGUUAAACGCAGAACACUUGAAGAGUCAACUGCUUUUACAAUAACACGAUCUACGCCAGAACAUUCUUCAGCAUCACCAGAGAAAACAUCAUAUGAUGGCAGUACAACGGUACAAGCAACAUCGGUAUCAACAACAAUAACAACGAUAUCAACUACAAUGGGGACUAUAAUGUCAACCGCAUCCACUGCAAUUGUGGUGCAAAGUUCGCAGCCACAAAUUAUCACAAAAACAAUCGAAGCAAAGCGUGAGAGAAAGGCAGCUAAGACGCUUGCCAUAAUCACGGGUGCCUUUGUGGCAUGUUGGUUUCCAUUUUUCUUUGUUACCCUACUCCAAGCUAUCUGUACUGUUUGUUAUCCACCUGAACUAUUAGCUAGCGUCUUUCUAUGGCUAGGUUAUUUUAAUAGUACCCUCAAUCCCAUAAUUUAUACAAUUUUCUCACCCGAAUUCCGUCUGGCCUUCAAAAAAAUGUUAUGUAUGGGUACACGCUCCGUUGCUCGCUAACGCCAAAUAUCGAGUGUAUCAUCCAACCAGACAAUGAUCUAUUCACUACUUGAUGUAAGAUUAAUAUGCAAAUGCAAAUAUCAACUACACGUAAGUUGGAAAGAUAACGGUGUGUUCAAUUGUUUACCAGCAAGUUUCACCAGUAUAUCCUACCUACAAGUUCUCCCCAAAACACACGUACA